AUGGGACGAGAAGAUCAAGUUGAAGAGCGCGAGGUGCUCGAGUCAAUUUUCCCAGAAGAAAUUACAGAUAUUUCUGAAACCGAGUUUAGAGUAUCAGUCGCACUAGAUAUUCCCGAUGAAGAAGACCAAGAUCCUCCUACUAUGCUUCUCCAAGUGAAGUAUCCAGAAGAAUACCCCGAAAAGCCGCCUCAUCUCGAUAUUCUCGCUCCUCCCAAUGCCACCCCUCACGAACAUUUCAGCGUUUCCGACGAUCGCGACCAGCUUCUCGCCAGUCUAGAUGAGACUAUCCAAGAAAACCUCGGCAUGGCUAUGGUCUUUGCGAUUGUUUCCACACUAAAGGAUAAUGCCGAGCAGCUCGUCCAGGAGCGCAAAGAUGCCAUUACAAAGGCUCACGAAGAGGCUGCUCUCGCCGCAGAGGCUGAGGAAAAUAAGAAGUUCCACGGUACUCGGGUGACUCCCGAGACUUUCCUCAAGUGGCGCGAGGGUUUCAUAAAGGAGAUGGAGGAGAAGAGACAGCAGGAGGAAGAUGACCGUUUGGCUGAGCUGAAGAAGGCAAAGGUCAAGGAGCCUACUCGCUUGUCAGGCAGACAGCUUUGGGAGAGGGGUCUUGCUGGUAAGGGCGAUGACGAUGAGGAGGAUGACAUGCCUGUGGAGGGUGUUGAGAAGCUCAAGGUCGAGGCCGCAUAG